AUGGUUCGUGCUGCUGGUUGGACAACAGAAGGAAAUAAUGAAACGGAGCAAAAGUUGAUAGAUCCAGAGAGGGGGAUAAGUUUUAUACAAUUUACUGAGGUUGAAAUUUACGGUCUGUACAGGAGAAGAAAAGAUGAGUUGUUGGAGAGUGAAGGCAUUAUGCGUGUGUAUGUGUGUGAGUGUGUGUGUGUGUGCGUGUUGCAGUUCACCGAUGUACUGUGGUUUCCUCCAGCAUUUAAUGAAGAGAGGAAACAUGGCAGUUGGUCUAAAGAUCAAUGUGAUAAAGUUGCGGCUGAGGUGAAGACGGGGAUGGGGAGAGGGGGCUUAGAGGGAUGUGUUGCGAUAGUUGAUAUGUUGCAUUCGUUACUACCGGUGGUUAUGUGUUUGUUUGUUUGUGUGUUAACUGCUGCCAGAAUUUGCCUAUCUUGCCCGCCCGGAACGCAGGUACACUGGGUUAUGCCACCUGUGUCCGGUGAAGGUGAAGGGUGA